CUUCUCUCCCGAUCUGAUCCUUCUUCAUCGCCAUCCUCCCAGGCGUCAAGAUUUCCUCACUUUCGCGCCAUUUUCAUCUUCCCAUGGACACGGCCGUAGCGAAGCCGAACCGCAUGGGGAAUAUUCUGGUCAAAACCCUCUCCUUCGGCGUCCUCGUCUUCCUCGCCCGCUUCGCUUACUUCAUCACCACUACAGGCAACACUUACGACUCCCGUGCAGUCACUGACGCGAUCAAUACCGCCGCCGCCGUCCGUCUCCGGGACUUCUACUCUUCCCUCUUCCACGAUCUCAUCGCCGAGGGAUUCCUCUCCCUCAAUUCCAGAACUCUCUGCAUCGGAACCCUAACCGGUGAAGACGUCGCCACAUUGCGAGAAAUCGGGGUCGCCGAUUCAAUCGGAAUCGCCGCGAAAUCAUCUCCGCCGUUAGUUCGGCACGGUCAUGGCUCUCGGAUUCCGUUCAAAGACGAAGCGUUUGACUUCAUAUUUUCCGGCAAUAUGGAUCUGGAGCGUUCGGAUAGACCGAUCGAGUUCGCGAAGGAAGUUUCCAGAACCCUAAAACCGGGAGGAUUCUUCGUGGUCCUUACAUCAGGAACAGAUCUGUACAGUCUGAACUCCCUUCUCGCGUUAUUCAAUUCCUGCAGAGCAAUUCGAACCAGUGAAAUUGAUGGAAUUGAUUUCCCAUCUCAAAACAUUCGCGAAGUCGUGUUGAUGAAAGACAAUUCUAUUCCUGAUGAUUAUGUUGAUGCGAGGAGUAAACAAGCUUCCAAAUGCUCUGCUCCAGGAUUCAUGCAUGAAUUGAUAAGAAAAGCAGAACCACUGAUUGCAGAAGAGCCAUUGAAGCCCUGGGUAACUUUUAGAAGAAAUUUAAAGAACAUUACAUAUCUCUCUUCCAUAGUAGAUAUCAGCUUCAAGCAUACAUACAUAUACAUUGACGUUGGAUCUAGGAACUAUGCCUCCAGCAUAGGGAAUUGGUUUAAAAAGCAUUAUCCAAAACAGAACAAACCAUUCCAGAUCUAUGCAAUUGAAGCAGACAGCACAUUCCACGAUGAAUACAGAACGAAGAAAGGGGUUACCCUUCUUCCUUACGCCGCAUGGAUUAGGAACGAGACCUUGUUCUUUGAGAUAACCAGAGAACCAAACAAGAACAUGGAUAGAUCCAGAGGAGGAAUGGGGAGGAUUCAAACAGUGCAAUCUUCACUGGAAUUCACAGGGAAGGCAGACAAGAUCCAGGGAUUUGAUUUUGCGAAAUGGUUGAAGGGUUUGGGGUUGAGGAACGAUUAUGUGGUGAUGAAGAUGGAUGUGGAAGGGACGGAGUUUCAUCUGAUUCCGAGGAUGAUUGAGAGUGGGGUGAUGUGUUUGGUGGAUGAGCUGUUCCUGGAAUGCCAUUACAGUAGGUGGCAGAGGUGUUGCCCAGGUGUUAGAAGUCCAAAGUAUCAAAAGACUUAUGAUCAAUGCCUUGCUCUGUUUUCUUCUCUCAGAGAGAGGGGAGUUUUUGUGCACCAAUGGUGGUGACUCUCUGUUUUAGACUUGUCUUUCCUCGUCCACGGGUAGACCGGUAGACUAGAGACAGGCAAGCAGAUUCAUCCCUUUAUCCUUUUCCUCCUUCCACCUCCUCCCACUCUACUUGGACCUUCACUCUCCUCUCUUUUCUCCAGUCCUUGCAUUGUGCUCCAGCCUCUGUGAACAGCGACGCCAAUUAUAUUCACCGCAGUCGUCGGUCGCUGCAAUCCGGACCAGCAACUCGCCGGCCGUUUCUUUGUCGUCGUAGCUUGUUAGCCUCGCUGGAUCGCCGCACUCCUAGCCCACGAACGAAUUCGGGAAAAAGUUUACUCUUCAGACAAUUUUCUAUGAGAAUUCAAUAUUGAAUGAAAAGAACUCCCUCCCUCCCACUUAUGAAAUGGCUCUGCUGCAAUGGAUGACAGAGGGUCCAUAGUACUUUUUCCUCCAACCUUGAGCAAUGUGAGUGAAAAGAUUCAGGAUGAAUUUCCAGUAUGUCUAUCGCCUUGAGCUUCCUUGCUUUGCAAAUUAUAAACGUGGACAUAGUUUUCAAGAUCAACAAGUGAAUGAAGACAGAAAAAGAAGUAAUGGAUUGUGUGUUGAAUUCCACAAGUGGGAGAAGAAUGUGAAGAAGCAAAAUCAAAUGAUAUAAUACAGAGUAGAUACA